CUCUAUUCCCCUCUUUUCUUCCUGCUUUACUUCAAUUAACUACAAUUAUUCUUCAACUUUUUUCUACAUUCAACUCAUUGCACCAUGUCGCUGCCAUAUACUAUGGUUUUUACUUUGUUAAUGACCGAGAUGGUCGUUUUCAUCUUUCUGAUUCUGCCUUUGCCAUUUAAGUGGAGAAGAGGGCUACUCAAGUUUCUCGCUGAGUCUCCAUUCAUGGGAAGCGUCCAAUAUGUGAUGAAAAUUGUUUUCAUCUUUGUCUUCAUUCUUUUCAUCGAUUCUUUGAACCGUGUCAUUAAGGUUGAGGAAAUCAAGGAAAACACUUAUCCGCACCAUGGCCAUGGGGCGGAAACUAAUGUCGCUGCCCGUCGCUUCUAUGCUCAGCGAAAUAUGUAUCUUACCGGAUUCACGCUGUUCUUGUCACUCAUUUUGAACCGGACAUUCUUCUUGAUCCUGGAUCUUCUUAAGAGCGAGGAGAAGAUGGAGGUUAUCAAGAAGCAGGCUUCUCAGCAAAGUAAGGAGUACGAGCGCGUGCUCGAGUCUGAGACCAAGCUGAAAAAGGAGAUCAAGGAUCUGUCUGAAAUUGUUGCUAGCCAUGCAGGAGCCAAACGUGACCUUGAGAACCUGCAAAAGCAAGCCACACAACAGCAGAAAGAAUAUCUCCGCAUGGCGGACGAGAAUAAUGCCAUGGAAAUGAAGCUCUUAGGCACAAAAUCUGAAUUGAAAAAAGAUAUUUGAACAGUUUGCAUCAUAAACCUUUUUACUAAAGUAAACUUAGCAAAGUCUAC